AUGCAAAAGCAUGACCAGUUCUUUAUUCAGGAUUCUACCCCUGUAUCUCUGUUGAAGGCUAUCCACAGGUUCUGGGAUGAAGAGAAUCAAAAGGUGUGUGUUGAGAAAUCAAUCGUUAUCAACCCUUCUGUUGUAUACCACUUUCUGCAGAAUAUAUUGAAGCCAGAACAAAUAGAACAGCUAAAGCUGGCCAUGAAUAAAUGGUUUGUCUCCCAGCAAGUUGUUGACUUCCAGAACUUCCACUUUGAUCCAGAGAUGGCUGACAGAAGUUAUUCUAGGGCAGACUUAGUAGGCUACAAUAUUGACAUGAGCUUGAAUGGAGAAAACUCUAUGGCUGCCAUGCUGAAGAUCAUCAAAGAGAAUGUCCUUGAGCUAAAGUCAGCUUGGGAGUUUAAAGAGCUGUCACAAGAAGGAAACUCAUUGUGUGACACACUCUCAGACCAGUCCACCAAUAUAAGGUUUUAUUGGAUCUAUGACUAUGGUGACAGGCAAGGUCUCCUGGAUACUUACCAUGAUGAGGCCUGCUUUUCACUGACCAUUCCCUUCAACCCUGAGGACCCAGCACCAAACAGGUUAGGGGAGUACUCCAAGAGUAGCAGGAAUAUGAAGAAACACACAGACCCCAUCCUGCGGAUUCAGUUGCUGAAACACAAAAAACAUGACAUUGUUGACUUCCUCAGUAUGUUGCCCAAAACCCAGCAUGACCUCAGAUCCUUUGUGAUGGACAUCUUUGUCCAGACGGAAAAGAUGCUCUGCUUUUCUGUCAAUGGACUGUUCAAAAAGGAGGAAGGAAUGUGUCAGACUUGCAUUUGUGCCUUCAACCGGAUCAUCAUAGCUACUCCUGCCAGGAACUCUAGCCUAUUCAUCAUUAAUGAACAACUGUCUGUGAGGGAAGUCAGCCCCAAAGCGACCCAGAGUGCUUUUUCUACCCCAGUGCCCACAUUCGCCUCUAGCUCUGUGCCUAUCCUCUCCCAGAAACAGCAGGAAAUGAUACAAGCAUUUUCCAUCCAGUCUGGGAUGAACCUCCAAUGGUCUUUAAUGUGCCUUGAGGACAAUGAAUGGAACUACAACGUAGCUGAAAAGAUCUUUACUAUGCUCAAGGCUGAGGGAAAAAUACCAGAAAAGGCCUUCAAAUAA